CCUGUGAACCCCUGAAUUUCAGACGGUCGCGCCAACGGUGCCACCCGCGUCUCCGCGUCUCCACGCGCCGAUGAUCUUGUUCGACCUCUCCCGUUGUUUGCACGCACUUGUCCAGAUACCCCUUGCUACCUUACAGCUGGAUGUGAUUCGACCCUUUCUCGUCCUUGGCUAUUCGGAAGCCUCGUUGAGCGAAUGUCACAGGUCGACCAACAAAUAGACGACCGAUAGCAAUCCACGUCCUCCUUCGCGAAAUCUGGAAUCCGGCCGCGAAACAUCGACAUACCAACCAGGCAGCAGUAACAAUCACGACGUGUGAAGGUGGAAGCCCGUUGCCAAAAUGAGCCAGGUCAAGAACCUGAGGGCCAUGUUUGAAAACAAAGGCGAUGACCCAAAUCCCCCAGAUAGGGGCAGAUCUCCUGCAGGCUUCAGCUCACAUAGAGGUUCAAACGCCUCUGAGUCUCCCAGGCCGCUCUCCACUGUCCGCACCAACUUCGUAGCCAUCGAGAAGCACGGUCGCAUUGGGCUGCGACGUGACCACAGCUUUGAAACCAGUCCAUCAGGGAGAGCUGCUAGCAACGAGGCGGACAAUGAGUCUGCCACAUCUGCUCCCACCGAAGACGUUGGACGAGCGAACCGAAAAUUGUUUUUGAAGGAAGCUAUACCCGAAUCACCACAAAGUUUGAGCAUAGAUGCCAAAGUCAUGGUUCUGGACAAGAAGGAUGGUGAUGCGGUCGCCAGCCAGGCCACAUCUGGCACAAGAAAGGCCGCAAAUUGGGUCUCUUCAACACCAGUCGACUCUGGGGAUGAAGCAACAACCAGUCAAAGGCACGGCCAGUCUGCAAAGGAGAGCGCGUUGACGUCGGGGGAGGCUCCGCCCUCAGAAGAACGACCCGUAGCGCAGGAGCAGACACAGCCAGCACGGACAGCCGACAAGACCCAGAAGGGCCCGAAAGUUGCAGCCAACUCGGGUGCCAAACCUCCUCCCAGAGCCAGCAGGCCAGCGGCUGAAAAGCAACCCGUCACUGCCCCGGGACGCGCACAAUCUCGAACGUCUGUUGCUGCCCCCAGUCACGCGAAGACUGCCUCUUCUUCAGGGGCAAAGGCGGUCUCCUCUUCGGGAACGCAGAAACCGGCACCGAUCAGGAUCAAUAAAGUAUCGGAAUCCGGGUUCGUCAAGCCGAAGCCGAAGUCACCAACGAAGCCCCUCAACUUGCCGUCAUCUCUAAUGGCACCUACAGCGUCCUCUGUAUCAAAAGGCGCGGCUGCAUCUAGUAAACGGUCUGGCGGUCUCGAUCCUGGGACAACUUCAGGCCGGCCUGCCAGUAGAGUGAGCGCGAAUGGGCCUGGAGGAGGCCGGACGAUAAGGAAGCAACCCUCUUCUAUCCACGGAUUACGCCCCAGCGUGGGGCCUCCGCCAAAACAGCCUUCGUCGAAUGCGGCCACAGCCCAUCGGGAGAAGCAAGUGGAUGAGGGUUUCCUCGCACGGAUGAUGCGGCCUACCCAGUCGUCUUCGUCCAAGACGAACGAGAAAGCACCCCCGACGCCCCCAAGGCGGUCUGGGCAACGCCAAGUACAGUCGAGUACCACGAACAGCCCACGAAGAUCCAAUGGCAUCAAAAAGACUAGUGUCACGACUGCCACUGCACGCUCCCCCUCUCUAUCGUCGUCGAAAAGGCCAUCUCUAGACCCAGCGGUGGAAGCCGAAUCCUCUAGCGUUGAAGUCCUGCCUGGUGCUUCUGAGGUGACCAGCGGUAUGAAAGACAAUGACAGCAGCAGCCAAGCUGGUUUGGAAGAGCGGGCGCCUUCGGAAAACGAGGCUUCGGGUUCAGAGCAGCAGAUCCCUGCCCUAAAAUCCGAUGAACAGCUGGAUGCGGUGGAAAGUUCUGCUGGGCCCCAGAAAGCGGACGAAAAAGUUCGCACGCCUUCGCCCGAGGCGCCUCUUACUGAAGGCGUUCUUCCAGACCAGUCCGAACAGGUACGCUACGCAGAUGCUGAUGAUACCGCAGUGUCGGUGCAGCCGGAUGGUUCGGCCGCGAGCGUACGGCUACCCCAACAGCAGGAAGAUACUGCAUCCUCAGAUGAAACAGAGGUGUCUAUCCAGGCACUUGAAGAGGGAGAAGUCUCGAACAUUCCUUCUGCAAUUCGUCCCGAGUCCCAAGCAGGAGACGGCGCCAAUGAGUCAGCAACUCCUUCUUUUUUGCCGACUGCUGAUCAGCCAAGCUCCCAGACCAUGGCAGAGAACCAUCCCGUACUCGAGGAAUAAUUUUGUACUAUUAGACACCCUUAUCCUGGGAAACUUCAUCGGUGAACACACCGCAAGUUGGAUCCACGCAACACCAUUUUUAGCGUUGACUCUUAAGCAUAGCAUGAUUACACUAUUAUUGGCAGACUUGUUUUAUCAAAUACAUUACUGAAG